CUUAAAGCUCUGAUUUAAACAAAACGCGGAAUAACCACAGUAAAGAUGGCAUCAAUCGUUGACGGAAAGAAAUUCGAGAAAGACCRAUCUGCUUCCGCUUCCGCUUCCACUUCAUCUGCCGAUCCCAACAACGAUGCUACUACCGAUAAGUCAACCAACUAUUCAAGUCGUGGACCCGGAAAAGAGGGAGAUUUGGUAAUUCGUGAUGGGUUUCCGGCCCUUUAUAUCCCUAAAUGCAAGCAUGCAGAUUCCAGUGAUGAUAAAACCGAAGAUCCGCUAUCGUUUGAACCGAUGGUUAAAGGAGAAGAGCCUAUCCCUCGACAUGAGUUUUGGUCUUCGGAGGAUGUCAUCCAAUUUGAUGGUGAAAAUUCAGACAACCUAGAAUUGCUUAGGGACGAUUGUGCAACUGUUUUUACCGCUAGAGAUAAACCUGAUGGUGCAGCAUACUCGGCCGGUCAAACAUUUUUCAUUCCGGCCAAUAUGAAACCCCGCUGUGCCUUGGAGGCUUUGGCUUUGAAAAUAUUCCACGAGCACACAAAAGACCUCGAACCAGGCACUUUCAAUCCAACUCAAAGUGGUGCGAAUUGGUGGACAUUGGUAAUGGAUGACGAAGCUGAUCAUGGGAAUGCACUUAGUGCUCCCGCACUCACUGCUUCUUCUUCUGCCUCUGCCACACUAGCUUCUACAGCUUCGACCUGUUCAACAGUGGAAGGAGCGAAAUCCAAGGAAUUGCAACAACAAGAAGAAUUCGAUGAAGAAGGCGACGACGAAGUAGGUCUUCAUUUCGAUGCCGACUACGAGCUCGAGGAACAAACGGGAAACAUACUAUUGCAUCCUCGGGUUGCCACCGUGACAUAUCUAUCAGACCAUGGAGCUCCGACGCUUGUGUUGGACCAAAAAAGUCCACCGAUGGAUGAUUUGAAAAAAACAACGUUGGAAAACGGAAUCAAUAAAGCCUGGCUUUCGCAUCCAAGACUUGGCAAACACAUGGCUUUUGAUGGAAGGUACGACGUCGAAACCGUUUGUUGUUGCUGUUGUCGUCGUCGUCGUCGUUGUUGUUGUCGUCGUUGUCGUUGUCGUUGUCGUUGUCGUUGUCGUUGUUGCUUUUUGUUGUUGUUGUUGUUGUUGUUGUUGUUGUGUUGUCGUGUUUUGCUUUAUUUUUCUUUCGAUCAAAACUUUUAUCAUCAGCACAUCAUAAAUACAUGGUACAUAUUCUUAGAAGGACUCACUGGCUCACGAAUGCAAAUCACAUAUUGUUCCGCCGAAAGGUUUCUUCACGGAGCGCCUGCGUUGUACUUUCCACCAAAUCGUAGUGUCGCUCAUGUUGAUAAGGACGAAUCAAAAGAACCUGCAGCUAAGCGACAAAAGAUCAUCAAAGAUACCAAACGAUAUACUCUUCUUGUAAACAUUUGGCUGAAUCAUUGGGUCAUGGAUGCUGGACUAUUGGACGAUGAAGUAUGCGCGAAGAUGAAAACACCCUGGGAAGAUGAGAGGAGCAACUUGAAAAGUGACGAUGAAUACAAACCUCYGUUUGUAUGGAAUAAGGAUGUUGACUUGACGAAGGGACCAGUUGGUAUUAAAAAAGAGAAACUCUCUCCUUCAAAUGUUGACCCGGCGGGUGAAGAUGAAAUUGCCUUGUGCAAUCAUAAUGUUACAGUCAAAUAUAACCCUUUGAUGGAAGAGUGUCACGCUGUAUCUUUUUCAGGCUCCACGAUAGAGCUUGAACUGGAGAAGGGAGCGAUAAGUCUUCACGUCGGGGAGGAGCUAACAGAAGAGGACGAGGAGGAAGGAGGGGAUAAAUCAUAAUUUCUGCGAAAAUAGUUCAAAAUGUUAUGAAAACAUUACCAAGUUUAAGUUCUGAUCAAUACGUUGCUAGAGGCAACUGAUUUUUGGAUCUAUCCUGUUAUAUAAUCAUUUGU